UUUCCCUCCCAGGCCUGCCGAGGUUGGAAUGUGCCUGCCAAAGGCGCGCAAACCCUUUCCGGAUCCCUGCGUUGGGGCUGCAUCGUGAAUGCAAAGAAAGCGUUGCUGAUCCAGGGACUGCAGAGAAGUUAUUGAGACAAGGCUUAGAAGGAAACAAAAAAAAAACCCACAAAAUUAAAUCGGCUACCUCAGCACAGGUGACCAAAGGAUCACCCUCGCUCGUUCACUGUGCACUGGGGGCAGGGGAAGUUGGCUUAACCGCUCCAGGUCAGGCCGAAGUGUUGUCGGCAGGCACAGCCUUUUUGCACGAGAGCCUUCUGAAGACCAGCCGCCAUGGGGGAGAAGUCCCACACGUGCCCCUACUGUGGGAAAGGCUUCCGGCGCAACUCGCACCUGACCCGGCACCUCGCGACCCACUCCGGCCUUCAGCGCCCUUUGGGCGGGAAGCGCCUCGGGCAGCAGGUGCCAGAGGAAGACCGCCCAUACAGCUGCAGCUACUGUGGGAAGACGUUUGCCCGCAGCGCUCACCUGGCGCGACACCAGGAGACCCAUUCGGGGGAGAGGCCGUACAAGUGCACCUACUGCGGGAAAGCCUUUGGGCGCAACUCCCACCUGACCCGGCACCACAGCACGCACACGGGAGAGCGCCCCUACGAGUGUGGGGUCUGCGGUAAGGCCUUCACCCGUAGUGCCCACGUCACCCGCCACCAGGGCACGCACACCGGGGAGCGCCCCUUCCGCUGCGUGCACUGUGGCAAGCGCUUCACCCGCAGUGCGCAUCUCCAACGCCACCAGGGCAUCCACAGCGGUGAUAAGCCCUUCUCCUGCCGUGACUGUGGGAAAGGCUUCACUCGCAACGCCCACCUGGAGCGCCACCGGGCCACGCACUCGGGCGAGAAGCCCUUCAAAUGUGCCAGUUGCGGGAAAGGUUUCGGGGCUGCUUCCCAUCUCGUAAGACACCAGAGGACCCACAAGGUUGGACUUCAACCAAACAGUUUCCAACAGCUCAUUGUCUGUGGCUUUAACUACUCUGAGGUGCCUCCAGAUUUGUGGCUGUUUGAGGAUUUUGCUGAGAUACAGUGGGCCCUUCUGGACCCAUGCCAGAGACCUGUCUACAGGGACAUUGUACAGGACAAUUAUGGGACUCUACUCUCACUAGAUGGAGGGACCAUGAACUCCAGUUCCCAGCCUGGAAGUGCCGAGGCUGUGCAGGCACAGAAGCAGUUGCCGGGGCGGUCAGAAGGCUCCCUUUACCGGGGCCAGAGUCAAGCCGGGCAGCAAGGUGAGGAUGGUGGGAAAGGAUGGGCCAAGCCUCCUCUUCUUCCUCCAAUGCCGAAAGACAACCCCACUAUCCCACCCAGGGUGUACAUGGGGCCUAGCCCAAACUUGUGUGUCCAGUGUGGGGAGAGCCUUGCUCAGGCUCAGCCUAGCCUCGCCCAGCCCCAGAGAGCCCCCCGCUCUGCCGAGAAGCUGUACCCGUGCGCCGAUUGCGGGAAAAGCUUUGGCGUGAGCUCCCAUCUCACUAUUCACCGGAGAAUCCACACCGGCGAGAAACCGUACGAGUGCAACGAUUGCGGGAAAAGGUUCAGCCAGAGCUCCACCCUUGUCCUCCACCGGCGCAUCCACACGGGAGAGAAGCCUUACAAAUGCGCAGAUUGUGGGAAGAGCUUCUCGGUGAGUUCCCACCUGACGAAACACCAGCGAAUCCACACCGGAGAGAAGCCUUACGAGUGCCAAGCCUGUGGGAAAAGAUUCAGUCAGAGUUCUACCCUCAUCCUGCACCAGAGAAUCCACACGGGGGAGAGGCCUUACAAAUGCAACGAGUGCGGGAAAACCUUCAGCGUGAGCUCACACCUUACCAUCCACCACAGAAUUCACACAGGGGAGAAACCGUAUCGCUGCAUGGAAUGUGGGAAAAGUUUUGGCCAAAGCUCGCACCUGAUGCGCCACCUGGGGACGCACUCGGGGGAGAAACCCUACCGGUGCACGGACUGCCCCAAGGCCUUCACGCAACUCUCGAACCUGCGGCAGCACCAGCGCAUGCACACCGGGGAGCGCCCCUACGCCUGCGAUUGCUGCGGCAAACGUUUCUCCUGGAGUUCCAACCUGGCUCAGCAUCGGCGCCUCCACACUGGCCAGAAGCCGUAUGCUUGCGUCCAGUGCGGCAAGCGCUUCUGCGAGAGUGCGCGGCUCCUGGAGCACCAGCGCACCCACACGGGCGAGCGGCCCUACGCUUGCCCGCAGUGCCACAAGCGCUUCAGCCGCAGCUCCCACCUUGCGCGGCACCAGCGUCUCCAUGCUGCUGUAGGAGGCGCGGAGGAGGACCGGCGAUGCUACCCUUGCAGCCAGGGUCCUGCCCUCCUCCUGCACCACCACACCCAUUGCAAAUAGACUUGUCGGUCCAUUGGUGCUGGAACACCAUGAUGGAACAUGGGGGCCGCUGCAGGGAUUUCCCCUGUUUUCCUAAAUAGCUCGAUUCUGGAGUUGACUCUAGGUAAAGCUUCCUGCAUAACUAUUGAGGCUGCAAGGUGAGUUCAGGUUAUGCCCUGCUUCGGAGAAUCUACAGCAAGGGACCACCUGUGGUUGUGCGUGACACACCGGAACCACCUGUACGAUUGUACAAUGUGUGAAAGGUCAGCCUGUAUGUUGCCCGCUACAGCGCCAUGCCAGAAAUAUACGGAAUAUACAGGACAGGUUGCUGGUGCAUUACAGCAGUUGGUAAACUCCAGAUAGUCUGUUGCAGGAGAAGUGUGCCCCAUCGCAGCGAAUGCUCCAGCAUGUUUUCUGGGCUGGGGACGGCCCAAAACCUACAGGCAAACUAGGCAACUGGCUGGGAUGCCAGAUUUCCUUGAAGAUGCCUUGGUGGGGAGAAUGCUGCCGCAUUCACUUUGGGAAGAGACACAUCAAGGCAGAUUAGCAGAUCAUCGGUGAGGGUGGACAACCUCUUGCGGUCUAGCAGGAUACAACUGGGAGCCCUUUGAUGCCCACAGGCCACAUGGGACAGUUGUAAAAAUGAGCGAGUACAGAAGUGAUGGAUAUUUUUUAAAAAAUGAAAAUAAGAAA